AGCUCCAGAGUCCAGCAAGCGAAGCCGAACCCAUGUUGCCUUCCUUCCAAGACAUUCAAAGCACCGCGCAACAAGCACGAGUAGUAGUGUAACCCAAGAAUUCUCGUUCUCUCUGUUUCUUCCUCUCCUUCUCUGAGAGGGAUAAAGAGAGAAGACUCCAAUUCCGCUCCGAACAAGACCCCGAGAAAAAACAAAAAAAUGCCGGACACGGACGGCUCCUCAAAACCCCCACAAAUCUCUGAAAUGUUCCAGAAAUUUGCCCAGGCUUUUAAGUCCAAGACCAUUGAGUUCUUCGCCGAAAUCGAACCCGUCGAAGAUUCCGAUGGCUUUUCGCUUCUUGACUCCGCCGAAGAAGUCAUCACUGACCAGAAAGUCGUGGUCAUCAAACCGGACCCAAUUCGCGGUUCCUCUCUGCCAGCACAGCCGUCAUCAUCACCACCACAGUCGGUGAUAACAAGGCCGUUGAACCCGACCCAGAAUAUAAUUAUCAAUACCCGGAUGACCCAGACCCUGAUUUCUUACAUUUUUGCAACCGUUUCCUCGUUUGAAGCUUCGUACUUUCAGUUACAGGCUGCUCACGUUCCGUUUGUUGGGGAAAGCGUGAAGGACGCAGAUAGAGCUUUGGUCUCACACCUCCAAAGGCUGUCCGAGUUCAAGAAAUUCUAUAAAGAUUUUUGUAGAAACCCGGAUUCUGGUGCUGAUUUGCCAAUUGGGUCUUGCUUGGAAGCUCAGGUGGAAGAGAAUCAGAGCAAGCUGCGGAUACUCGGGAGCGUAUCGAACCGGUUGCAGACAGAGAUUGAUCAGAAAGACAACCAGGUCUUGGUUUUGAAGAAGAAGUUGGGUGAGAUUCAGAAGUCCAAUUUGGAAUUGUCAAAGAGGUUGUCUGGUAAUUUGAAUUCAUCGUAUGAGGUUUUGUUGUCUGUUAGAGUAUUUGAUUCUAUGUUACAUGAUGCUUGUAGAGAAACACAUAGGUUUACAAAAAUUUUGAUCGAAUUGAUGAUAAAAGCUAUGUGGGAUUUGGAUUUGGCAGCCAAUUCUGUCUAUUCGGAUAUUGAAUAUGCUAAGAAAGGGCAUAAUCGGUAUGCAUUUCUGUCGUAUGUUUGUUUAUUGAUGUUCAAAGGAUUUGAUUUAGAAGGGUUCGGAUUGGGUGAGAAUGAAAUUGCGUGCAAUGGGCAGAUUUUGAGUUCAGAAAAUAAUAGAACCUCUUUGAAGCAAUUGCUCGAGCACGUAUCUAGCAACCCUAUGGAGUUGCUAAGUAUGAGUCGGAAUUGUGAUUUUUCUAGAUUUUGUGAGACUAAGUAUCAGGAGCUUAUCCACCCUACCAUGGAAUCAUCCAUUUUCAGUAAUCUGGAUCAAAAUGAAACGAUAUUGAAUUCGUGGAGAUCACUGAGUGUCUUCUAUGAGUCAUUUGUCAGAAUGGCAAGCUCGAUAUGGACGCUACAUAAGUUGGCCUUUUCGUUUAAUCCUGUGGUUGAGAUUUUUAAAUUGGAGAGAGGCGUGGAUUUCUCAAUGGUGUACAUGGAAGAUGUCACAAGGAGAUGUAUGUUUCCUGGUAAAACUAGAUCAAAGGUGGGGUUCACAGUGGUUCCAGGAUUUAAAAUCGGAAGGGCAGUAAUUCAGUCUCAGGUUUAUUUAAGUGGCUUGCAAUGUACAGAGUAGUAAUCCAUCGUUCUGGUUAUGGAAGUUGUGACAAUGGUAAUGAACAGAACAGUUAGAUUCCAUGAUCCCAAACCAGCUGUUUUGGUUUUACUCUCACAGGCUUUGUUUUCUGGUCAAGGUUUAGGGAUUGAGUUCCAUGACUUCUCAAAGAAUGUGGAGAGGUUCCCCGACAUAUAAAAAAGAAAAAGAAAGAAUGCACCGCUCCCCUUUUCGCUCUGAUUGGGAGAAACUGCUUGAAAUACACAGUUAUCAGCCUCUUGCUUUUGCUAUGCUGCUGAACGGGGGAGCUGCAGGUAGCAUAGCAGGCUCUUUUCUGGCUAUCUCAUGAUAUGUAGCUGUGAUUCGAUCUGCUUUGUGAAUUUGGUUUUCCUUAUUUAUGUUUGUUAACUCACAUGUAGAGUAAAUUGUAUAGUACCUUCUUCUUUUUCUCCCCCUGGUUUUUGGGUUCAUCUAACAAAUAAUCAUAGUAUUUUGACUUUCAAGUGUAAA